CUCCAGCUUCACCAGAUCUCAGAAUGGACCCCAACUGCUCCUGCUCCACCGGCAGCUCCUGCACCUGCUCCAGCUCCUGUGUCUGUAAGAACUGCAAACGCACUUCCUGCAAGAAGAGCUGCUGCUCCCGCUGCCCUGUGGGCUGCUCCAAGUGUGCCCAGGGCUGUGUGUGCAAGGGCCAGUGCACAUGCUAUGCCUGA